UUAGCAAUAAUAAAUAAAGAUGAAUAUCAACCAGAAAAGAAACUAUCUCCGGCUUUGGAUUGCUACCAUUGCUCUCGGGGGUAUUCAAUACGGAUAUUCAAUGGGAGAACUUAACACCUUUGACCUAAAGCCAACCUGUAUGAGAUGAUUUCAACAUGGAGAUAAAGUAAACCCUUGCAGCAAUGAUACUGAUGUCUAUAGCUAUGAUUAUUUCUUUAUGUACAUAUCCACCUGAAUGGUUCCAUUAGGCGCUAUCUUCAGUUCUAUCUAUUCUGGAACCUUUCUUAGUCUCAGAAAGGCCUUAUUUAUAGCAAAUAUCUUCUGAAUGGUAGGGCGAGGUAUUAAUGCGAUUCAUAUCCAGUAUGCAACUCUAGCAGGAAGAUUUGUAAAUGGCCUCGGAGUUGGCAUCUUUUCAGUUAUUGUUCCAAUGUUUAUUAAUGAAAUCUCACCGACGAAGAGGAAGGGGUCUUAUGGAAUCGCUACCCAAAUCGGCAUCACUGGAGGAAUUUUUAUUUCAUACAUUGUUGCAAAAAUAAUGUGCUUUUUUAAUGAAGUCCCUCCAUUUGAAGAGAAUAAGGGUAACAAAGCAGUAAAAACAAACUUCACCAUUUUGUACUUGUUUCCAAUCUUAUUCUGCCUAUUGCAGACGGCCUUGUUAAAAUGGAAGUUCAAGUACGAAGCUCCAAAAUAUUACAUUAUUAAAGAAGAAUAUGAUGUAGCUCAGACUUUAAUUCAAGAUAUUCUUGAGAGAAACGAGGCAAAGGAGGAAUCAAACGCAGGACAUUCCAUCUACACAGAUAACUCGAACGCUCUUGAAAUAAAUACUAUAGACCCAGUUUCUCUCAACAAAUACAAUCAAAACUGGGAUGGUCGAAAGUUUUCUUCUAUCUUCAAGCCAAAAUAUUGGAGGUCUUUCUUAUAGUAGGCUGAAUACUAUCGAUGCUACAACAGCUCUCUGGGAUAAACAUUAUCAUCUUCUAUUCAGGGGAGAUUUUCAAUAAGGAAAAUAAUGUCUACUUUGGAUACAUCCCUAUGAUCCUUGGUUUCAUAAAUUUCCUAUGUACUAUUAUCGCAACUAUGUUAAAGUUCCCAUUCAAAAGCCGAUUACUAAUCGGGUUAAUAUGACUGAUUGUGUGUUCUUCAACUUUGUUCGUGUUCUCUGCUCCUCAUUAUGAAAAAUGGUGACCAAAGUCCGACAUAGCCGAUGACCCAACAUCCUGUCACAUAAGAACUAUAAGAAAUGUUGAUCGUUCUGUUUUUAUUAUCUUCACAACACUAUUUCUCAUCUCUUUUGCUCUCACUAUUGGACCAAUUACUUGGAUAAUGAUAUAGCUGAAAUAUUGACUGAAAGAGGAAUGGGAAUAGCUAUAUCUCUCAACUGGGCCUUAAUCAUCAUAAUUGGGGUUUUACCUGCUCUAAAAAUCACACCAAUUGAGGACACGUAUGUAGAAGAUAAGGAUUUUUAUCCUGGUUUAAACUUUUCAGUUCUGUUCUUUAUCUUCAGUGGAAUAUUAAUGUUUGGAUUCGUCAUGAUACUUUUAAAUGUUAAAGAGACUUAUGGGCUAGAACUUCAUGAAAUAAGAGAGCUUUAUAAGAAUGAAGCAUAUGAUCCUUUAAUUAGAGGAAGAAACAGAAUAGAUUCAGAAGAAGAGUCUUUACUUAAUUCAAUUUCAAUGUAA